CAUCAUCAGUAAAUAAAUGUGAAAGAUUUCUUCUCACUCUACUCACUUAAGAAACUACAGGUGCUUGGGAGCAACACUCCAGCCAAGCCAGGCCAUCCAAUACAUGGGAUAUUUUCUUGGUGGACCUAAUUGCUGGAGGACUGAAGAUUACAAAACCAACGGCUAGCAACAAUGAUAGAGCCCAUAGGUAACCGAUAUGUGGUGUCCAGACCUGUAUAUUCAGAAAACAGUUUCCAUGAUGAAAAUGAAAAAAUUCACCGAUAUCACAAAACAUUUCUGGACCAUCUGCGUCUAUUCUUUGGUUGUUCUGCGGAGAAGGCCAAAAGAAUUGCUUACACAUUUUUUCCCAUUGCCUCUUGGCUUCCUAUGUACCGAAUAAAGGAAUGGAUCGUCAGUGAUAUCGUUUCUGGAAUCAGCACUGGCCUGAUAGCUGUCCUGCAAGGUCUGGCCUUUGCCCUGUUAGUGAAUGUUUCUCCUGGAUAUGGACUUUAUGCAGCAUUUUUCCCUGUCAUUAUUUAUUUCUUCCUUGGUACAUCAAAGCACAUAUCAGUUGGUCCCUUUCCUGUCUUGAGUUUGAUGGUUGGAACAGCUGUACUCCGAUUAUUUCCCGAUAAUCCUUCUGAUCCAGACAUUGAUGAAAAAAGAGUCGUUGUGGCAGCUUCUGUGACAGUACUUGCAGGAAUCUUCCAGCUGGCAUUGGGACUGCUACAAGUUGGAUUUAUUGUCAUCUAUUUGUCUGAUUCCCUGAUAAGUGGCUUUACAACAGCUGCCGCCAUCCAUGUUUUGAUAUCACAGUUAAAGUUUUUAUUGGGUUUAACAGUUGAACCAUUCAGUGGACCUUUAGCCUUGUUUUAUACUUUGGAAGGUAUCUUUACCCAGAUUACAAAAACAAACAUUGCAGAUCUUGUUACAUCUAUUAUCAUCAUGGUUGUAGUUUUUGCAGUGAAAGAAAUUAAUGAUCAUUUUAAAGCAAAGAUUCCUGUACCAAUCCCAAUUGAGGUUAUAAUGACAGUCAUUGCAACUGGCGUUUCAUAUGGAUUUAAUUUUCAACAAAAAUAUGGUGUAGACAUUGUUGGGAAAUUAGAGAAAGGGUUUAUGCCUCCGAUGGCUCCAAGCAUUUCAGUUUUUAAAGACUGUGUAGCAGAUGGAUUUUCAAUUGGAAUUGUUGGCUUUGCUGUAGCCUUUUCUGUGGAAGUCUAUUCUGUCAAACAUGACUAUGUUAUCAAUGGAAAUCAGGAACUGGUGGCCUUUGGAUUAAGCAAUAUAUUUGGUGGCUGUUUUAGAGGAUUUGCUGCAAGCACCUCACUAUCGCGAUCCGCUGUGCAGGAAAGCACAGGGGGUAAAACACAGGUGGCAGGACUUCUGUCAGCUAUAAUUGUUAUGAUUGUCACUUUGGCUAGAUUCCUUCUGGAACCAUUACAAAAGUCUGUACUUGCAGCAUUGGUCGUGAUCAACCUAAAGGGAAUGUUGAUGCAGUUUAAUGAAAUUCCUAAUUUGUUUCGCAAGGACAAAUAUGAUUGUUUGGUAUGGGUGGUGACCUUUGUUGCUGCUGUCCUACUUGGGCUUGACCUUGGACUGGCUGCAGGAGUUGGAUUUGAGUUGCUGACGGUGGUGUUUCGUGCACAGUUUCCAAAAUGCUCACAGGUUGCAAAUGUUAUGGGAACAGACAUUUACAGAAACAGAAAGGAUUAUACAAAUAUACAAGAACCUCAAGGAAUCAAGAUCUUCAGAUGUCCAUCACCAAUAUUUUUUGCGAAUAUUGACUUUUUUAGGGAUAAACUCACUGCUGCUGCAGGGUUUAACCCACUUAGAGUAUUGCGCAAGCGAAAUAAAGCGCUGAGAAAGAUAAAGAAGCUGUUGGCUAAAGGGGAACUUCACACUACACCAAAGGGUGUGAUUUGUACAUCAUAUGACACCAAUGAAUCUGAUUAUGAAGAAAUAGACAAUAACUACAUUGAAGAAUUGGACAAGCCCAUUAACACUGCUGACCUACCCAUUGUCAUUGACUGGAAUGCAGAUCUGCCAAAUAAUAUCAAGGUUCCCAGGAUUGAUCUCCAUAGUUUAAUUAUUGAUUUCGGAGCAGUGUCCUUCAUAGACAUGUCUGGAAUGAAAGGCUUAAAAGCGAUCAUGAAAGAAUUUAUCAAAGUUGACGUUGAUGUUUAUAUUGCUGGAAUAGACAGCAAUCUUUUAGAAAAACUUGAACGAUGUGGAUUUUUUGAUGAUGACAUCACUACUUCAAUAAUUUUCCUAACUGUCCAUGAUGCAGUGUUACAUAUAUUCAUCAAGAAGAAUCUGCAAAGCAUAUCAAAGUAUAGGGAGUCCAAGGAAGAGAUAAAGGAGACAAGAUUUCAUGCAAUUGAAACACCAUAUAAAGACAGCAAAGCAAAUGAUUAUUCUGUAGUAAUUGGAUCUCAACUGUGACCUCAUGGAUCCAUCUUGCAAGCUGGCCAAAGGAAGUAGUUGCCACAGGACUGUUUUGUAAAAUUGUCAGAAAAUAUAUACUAAUCUUGGCAUGCAAACAUUUUUCCUGAAAGCAGACAGAUUGUAUUUUAAACUAUCCUUGAAGCUCAAAGCUAGAAAGUAUAACCUAAUAAUGAGAACCUGUAACUUUGAGUCAUGUUACCCAGCUACCACAAGAAAACCAAUAGGCACAGUAAGGUAUAUAUUUCCAACAAUACUUUUAUACAUCUAGUUGGCAAAAAAAGCCCAAAAGUAUUACAUAUAGCAAUAGUACAAUAAGCUAGACAUAUUUACAUAUGUCUGAUGUUUUAAAUCUCCAAAAUAAAACAAUGAGCAAAUUACACUUAAUAACUGUGCACUCAGUUCUGUUUAGUAUAGCAGAUUGAGUCAAAUGGGUAAAGUCGGAUAUAUAAACUUUGGUACAUCUGAUUUAAGCUUAGCUUUCUUUGUACCUUGAUAUGGAACAGUGGCUUCUACAGAAUCACACAGGUCAGUUAAAGAAAACCUUUAACCUUUAUAAACAUGGAGGCUGCCAUUGCUGACUUCUUAUUCCCUACGGGUCGGGAAAACCGGCCAUGUGUAUGCUCCCUAACAUACA